GAUAUGAUGAUUACAAUUCUUGUUGUCAUCCUUGUAUGGACUAUUGAGAAAAGUUUCAUACUCAAAGCCUGUUUGUUCUCUUUCCUCGUUCUGCAGGAAUCUGGAAUGGCUUAUACUUCUGGUGCUUUGGAUUUUCUUUCUAACUACACUAGUAAGGAUAUUAGAGUUGCUCAGAAUGUCCCAAUCGAAAAUAUCGAGACCAUACUUGGGGAAAAAUCUUCGGACUAUGACCUAAUGGUGGGAGUAAGGAUCCUUGAAGUUGUACUUCUGGAAACAGAUAAUAAUUCAGGUGAUUCAGCUUCAGACGAUAGUCUAGAGAAAUUGGAACAAGGUUCAAAUCUAUCUGACUUUUCCCUAAAAUAUGGGGCAUUGUGUGAGAUUGAUUACACCGCUGAUUGUGAUUCUUUGAAAGGUUCUUCCAAGAGUAAGAUAUUGGUCGAGAGUACAGAUGUUCCUGACGAGGUUGACGUCCGAUUUUCCCAUAAUUCUUUCAACUUGGAUGAGAACCCCGAAGUAGAAGGUGCUGAAGCAAUAACAUCACUUAAUUUGAACGAAAGUAACAAUUCCAGCUCAAACUUACACCAAAAUAUCAAUUGUGUUACCAAUGAUGCUUUUAUUCAUGGGCUUGAAUUGUCUGCUGAUGAAAUUGUGAAUUCACAGUUCCGGGACUUUGGAGUUAGUAAGAGAAAUUCUUCAACUAGCUUACAUUCUGAUAUUUCCUGGAAUGGGUUAAGCACACCCACCAAACUUUCUUUGAGAAGAGUAACUUCUCCUGAUUCUCCAGCCAGUUUUGAGGUUGGUUUCAACCAUUUUCAUGACCAAGGCUUUCUAUUAGGGGUACACCAAGCCACCUCUCCACUUGAACUUGAUACCAUUAUCCAAAAUAUGCCAAAUCCGGAUCCCAGAAUGGUCUGGAAGACAUACCCAGAAGCAAGCACAGAAGCGGGGGUUGGGGGACUCACGCCUGUAAAUGCUAACAACGAUAGUAUGCAAUUUGGUAUUUUGUUGGUAGUAAUUUUCCAGUUGAUAGUUCUCGCAGUGGAUUGUGUGACUACAAGAACCUCACCUACUUGGUUUGGAAACUUCAGCAUGUGGUCAGUAUUUGGUAUUGUCUUAGGAAUUUGACCCAGACAAUAAUUUGACUCAUAGUAUUACAAAGAGUUUACAGAAACCA